CUCAGGGGCGGCGGGUUUUGAGCGGUACCGGAGCCCCCUGGCCGCCCGCUAUGCCAGCGAUGCCAUGUGCCGCCUCUUCGGCGAGCAGCACAAGGUCCGGACCUGGAGGAAGCUGUGGUGCUGGCUGGCACGCGCGCAGAAGGAGCUCGGACUGCCGAUUACGGACGAACAGCUUGAGGAGAUGAAAUCAAAUGUGGACAAAAUCGACUACGAGACGGCGGCCAAGGAGGAGAAACGGCUUCGGCACGACGUGAUGGCCCACGUACACACCUUUGCCCUCUGCUGCCCCAAAGCUGCCGGCAUCAUCCAUCUCGGGGCCACAUCCUGCUUCGUUGGUGAUAACACUGAUCUCAUAAUUUUACGUGACGCAUUCGACCUGCUUUUGCCCCAGCUUGCCAGAGUGAUCUCCCGGCUGACCGAUUUUGCUACCAAGUAUGCUGAACUUCCCACCUUGGGCUUCACACAUUUCCAGCCCGCUCAGCUGACCACUGUGGGGAAACGUUGCUGCCUCUGGAUCCAGGAUCUCUGCAUGGACUUACAGAACCUGAAGCGAGCCCGGGAUGACCUGCGAUUCCGGGGAGUGAAGGGUACUACCGGCACCCAAGCUAGUUUCCUGCAGCUCUUUGAGGGUGAUCACCAGAAGGUGGAAGAACUGGAGAGGAAGGUGGCAGAAAAAGCGGGAUUUAAACGGGUCUUCCUCGUCACAGGACAGACGUAUCCCCGCAAAGUAGAUAUUGAGGUGGUGUCCGUGCUGUCCAGUUUGGGGGCAUCCGUGCACAAGAUCUGCACCGACAUACGUCUCCUGGCCAGUCUCAAGGAGAUCGAGGAGCCCUUUGAGAAGAACCAGAUCGGCUCGAGCGCCAUGGCCUACAAACGGAACCCCAUGCGCGCCGAACGAUGCUGCAGCCUGGCACGCCACCUGAUGACCCUCAUCAUGAACCCUCUGCAGACGGCCUCGGUCCAGUGGUUCGAACGCACCCUGGACGACAGCGCCAACAGGAGGAUCUGUCUGUCCGAAGCUUUCCUCACCGCGGAUACCAUCCUAAACACCCUGCAGAACAUCUCUGAAGGACUCGUGGUAUAUCCCAAGGUGAUCGAGCGGCGCAUUCGUCACGAGCUGCCUUUCAUGGCAACCGAAAACAUCAUUAUGGCCAUGGUGAAAGCCGGGGAGAAUCGCCAGGAAUGCCACGAGAAGAUCCGCAUCCUUUCCCAGGAGGCGGCUGCGGUGGUGAAGCAGGAAGGGGGAGACAACGACCUAAUAGUCCGCAUUCGUUCGGACCCCUACUUCAGCCCCAUCCACGCGCACCUGGAGCAUUUACUCGAUCCCUCGUCCUUCACUGGCCGAGCAGCCCAACAGGUGAUCACAUUUGUGAAGGAAGAGGUUGAGCCCCUGCUGGGACCAUACAAAGAUGUGCUAAACGUGAAAGCUGAACUGAAGCUGUGAAGACUGUACUGCUUUUCAGAUAUUGUAUCAAGCCUCCUUAAAAUGUGCCGCCGGGGAUGCAAUGAUAAAGGUCACAGAAAUUGCAGCUGAGUCUCA